UCUGAGAAUGGGUAUCUCCAGGGACAACUGGCAUAAACGCCGCAAGACAGGCGGUAAACGUAAGCCCUACCACAAGAAAAGGAAGUAUGAGCUCGGCCGCCCUCCAGCAAACACAAAGAUUGGACCUCGUCGCAUUCACACUGUGAGAGUUCGUGGUGGAAACAAAAAGUACCGUGCUCUAAGGCUGGAUGUGGGGAACUUCUCUUGGGGAUCUGAGUGCUGCACACGGAAGACGAGGAUCAUCGAUGUGGUUUACAACGCCUCCAACAAUGAGCUGGUCAGAACCAGACUCUGCAAGAACUGCAUUGUCCUCAUCGACAGCCUUCCCUUCAGACAGUGGUAUGAGGCUCACUAUGCCACACCUUUGGGACGCAAGAAGGGGGCCAAACUGACUCCUGAGGAGGAAGAGGUUUUGAACAGGAAGAGGUCAAAGAAGACCCAGAAGAAAUACGAUGAGCGGAAAAAGACAGCAAAGAUCAGCACCAACUUGGAGGAGCAGUUCCAGCAGGGAAAACUGCUUGGCUGCAUCGCCUCCAGACCCGGCCAGUGCGGCAGGGCUGACGGCUAUGUCCUGGAGGGGAAGGAGCUGGAGUUCUACCUGAGGAAGAUCAAAGCCAAGAAAGGCAAAUAGAUGUACAGCUGUUUGAUACGUCAAUAAAACCCAAACCACCC